ACAAUUUUCUAACAGCGGUUUCCGUCGUUUUUAUUUACGUGUAAAAUAGAGAAAAUCUAAAAAUGUCUAAUUUUUCUGUUAACAACGAAAAAAUAAGGAAUGGUUCCGAACCUAAUCAGCAAAAAUCUAGUGGAGUAAAACGUUUUGAAGAAGUACACGCCAGAAAUAUAGCUGCUGCGAAGAAAAUAGUUGAGAAUUAUGCUUCCAGCUCCGACGAAUAUGAGGAGGAACUUAAUGAAAGCGAAAUUUUAGAUUCCCUUUAUAAACAUUACGAAUGUAAGCCUAGCACAUUUGGUGGUACGUCAGCGCAGAAACAAAAAUCCGCAGCUUUCUUUGAAAAUGCUCUGCAUUCUGGAUCCGCAACUUGUUUAAUUUGCAUUGGUAGCGUUCGUCGAACAGACUCAAUAUGGGCUUGCAAGCAUUGCUAUUGCUUUUUCCAUUUAAACUGCAUACGCCGUUGGGCCAAUGAUAGUAUUGCUCAGAUGAGGGGGAAGUCAUUGGGGAAUCCGACUUUUGAUCAUGCGUACAUCCAUAGUAGCGGAAUCAGUAUCGGACCGAGACGAAAAGGAGCAUUACUAUGGAGCUGCCCACAGUGUCGCAAAGAUUACACAGAUGAAGAAAAGCCUUCGACAUACGAAUGUUUUUGUGGCAAAGAAACAAAUCCGAAGCCUGAAUCAUUUCUACUACCACAUUCAUGUGGAGAAAUAUGUGGCAAAAAGUUGCAGCCAGCAUGUAGUCAUACUUGUAUGUUGCUUUGCCACCCAGGGCCAUGUCCACCGUGCUCUCAGUAUGCAAAUACGAGCUGUCUUUGCGGCAAAUCACCAAGAAAAUCGGUACGAUGUAUAGAUAAGGAAUGGAAAUGCGAUGUAAAGUGUAAAGACUUGCUUCCUUGUGGCGAGCACCAAUGCCAAGAAAUAUGUCAUAAACCUAAGCAGUGCCCGCCGUGCACGAGUACCAGCAUACAGCCGUGUGAAUGUGGCAACCAGGUGAAAAAACGUAAUUGUUUUGAUCUAAAAUGGAAUUGUAAUAAGGUGUGUGGAUCUAAGUAUUCAUGUGGUGUUCACACAUGUAAACGCGUGUGCCACUCGGGUCUUUGUGGCGAAUGUCCUUUGAGCUUACCCCGUUCAUGUCCAUGCGGCAAAACUCAAAAAGUCGUACCCUGCACCGAAAGCAUUGACCCCUGUGGUGAUACUUGUCAAAAACUUCUAUCCUGUAAACUCCAUACUUGCACACAACGUUGUCAUCGUGGAGAUUGUAACUUGUGUUUAAUCAUAACAAAGAAGAAGUGCCGCUGUGGCAUUCUUGAAAAAGAAUUGCCCUGCUGGAAAAGUUUUACAUGCGAAAUUAAGUGCAAGCGAAUGCGUGAUUGUGGAAAGCACCCUUGCAAUAAAAAGUGUUGCGAUGGUCGUGCAUGCCAGCAAUGUGAUAAAAUCUGUGGUAAACCCCUCACUUGUCAUAAACACAAAUGCCAAUCGGUUUGCCAUGACGGACCCUGUUAUCCCUGUAAUCAACAGUCACAAGUGAAUUGUAGAUGUGGUAAAACAUCAAAGCGUGUCCCAUGCGGACGUGAACGCACAGCACGUGUUAUGUGCAUGGAAUUUUGCCGUAUCCCUUCUAAGUGUCACCAUCCAAAUAAACAUCGUUGUCACAAAAGUGAAUGUCCGCCGUGUAAUCAAAAAUGUGGGCAACCAAAUAGUACUACGGGCUGCCAGCAUAUUUGCGAAGCUAAAUGUCACGCAGCAAUUAAAGUUGUUAAACAAAAUGCAGAAAAUGGAAAUGCUAAGGUUUGGGACAUAGGCAAAAAGUUUGAAUUCAAAAUGUUACCACACCCACCUUGUGAACAAAAAGUGAGUGUUACUUGUAUAGGAGGUCAUGAAAUAGCCGAUUGGCCCUGUUGGAACUCAAAGCCAACGUCUUGCCAACGCAAGUGCAAUCGUGAGUUGCGCUGUAGCAACCACAAAUGUGAGCUUGUAUGCCAUUCUGUGCCGGACUCACAAGAUAUGAAGGAACAAAUCGGAUGCGCCCGAUGUCAAGAAGGUUGUAAUAUACUUCGUCCCACAGGCUGUGUGCAUGCUUGUUCGCGACCAUGUCAUCCCCCACCAUGUAAUCCGUGUGACAAAAUUAUUAAACACAAAUGUUACUGCGGGUUAACCCAGGUGAUGUAUAAAUGUUCUGAAUAUUUCUCUGAUGAAGGUACUGAAGAGGAGGUAAAUUUGCGUCAGGAACGCUUGAAAAGUUGUGGAAAUCGCUGUCUCAAAAAUCUCCCUUGUGGUCACCGCUGCCACACACCUUGUCACCCAGGUAAAUGUCCGAACCCGGAGUUGUGUCGCAAGAAAGUACGCAUAUUUUGUGAGUGUAAACGUCUCAAAGUUGAAGUCGCCUGCGAUAAACAUCGUGCCGGCCAGACGUCAAUUCCAUGUGAUGAACUCUGCAUCGAGACACACGCCAAAUUGGCAGAGCAACGGAAACGUGAAUUAGAAAAAUUACGCCAAUUGGAAGAAGCCAAAAAUCGGGCAGAAGUCGAACAGUUUGAGAAAAAAUUUAGCAAGCGCAAAUACAAAGAACGCAAAGUGGUGGUGGAAGAGACGAAGAGAAACAUUAAUUGGAAAUUAAUAGGCAUUUAUGUGGGUAUUGGAGUAGCGGUUGUUACAGCCAUUGCUGUGGCAUUCUAUCCUUAGACUUUAGAAAUGCAAGCCAAGUUUAAGGUAGAUGUUUAGGUAUUUGAAGAUUUCAAUAAGCAUAUUUAAAAGACUACUACAAUAGAAGUUUUUUAAUUAGUUAUCACAUUUUUGUUGUAUUCAAUUUACUUUAAUUUUAACGAAAAUUUGAGCUAGAAUUUCCUACUCAUGUUUAGUCAGUUUGUCACUUUAUUUUACAUAAGUUUUAAACUUAUUAUAACAUAGUUUCCAUUAUUUGUAUGUACACGUUGGAUGCUGCAACGGCAAAUUAUGUAUUUUUUUUUAUUUUUAUUCGGGUUUAACUUUCUUUCUGUAAACGCAUGCUGCUGCAAACACCGAUGAGCUUAGGAAGGUAGAUAUUAAAAAAUUGCUUAACAACAUCAAAUCAUUUGAUUGCACAUAAACUGUAUAGAUGCGAGCUAAAUGGGGCAAUAAAAAAGAUGUACAGAUAAAAAUUACAAUAUUCAUAUUUUUUUACAACUUACUCAUGUUGGUGAAUGCGGACAAUGCCCAAGUUGUUCGACUCACAGAAGAAGCAUCCUUUGAGCGUAAAAUCUCGAUCAAUUGUAAUACUUUGCUGGUAGCACCAAUAGGGGUACAAAAUGGCUGUAAAAUAAAAUGGAAUGUCAAGUAACAAUUUAUACAUUAAUCUGCAUAUGUACGUAUGGGUAUCUUGGAAUGAUUAUACAAGUAGUGAAAAAUUAUAUUUGGUGCAAAAUUUAUGCCCAAUUAAAAUUUUGUUACGGAUCUAAUCCGCACAUUAUUUAUAAUUUAUUACCAGAUAUUUAGCAUAAACCAUCACCAAAUAUUUAAAACAAGCCUGUAAAUGAAAAACAAAGUCUACCAACUACCUUGCCACCUGUAGUAUACUUUAAUCUUUAGCUCUUAUUAAUCUACAUAUCAAUAUUUUAUGAAUAAAAAUAUACUUACAUACGUACAUACAUUCCAAAGUUGUAAUGUGAAAACAUUCAAGCCAAAAAUUUUAGUAAAUAAAUAAAAAUAAAAAAACCUUGAACAAGGAAAAAUUAA